AUGGCCAUUCCAGCAAGCAAAUCUUCAUCGAAUCCAAAUUUGCAGCAACAGGCAACCGAUAGCAAUGUGGUUGAAAAUUCUAUCAUUGCUACUGGUGUUACUGUUGGAAUUGGAAGCAAUGAAGAAUCGUGUUUGUUUCCAAAUCGUACGAUGAAUGAACUCAGUCUUAGCCCAGAACAAGCAUUCAUUCAUAUGGUUAAAGCAAUGCUUGGAACUGGAUUAUUAUCGUUGCCACUUGCAUUCAAGCUUGCUGGUCUUUGGCUGGGCCUUGUUCUUCUUUUCAUUAUAUCUGGCAUUUGCUUAAUAUGUAUGAGGCAAGUGGUGUUUGCUUCGCAUUUUAUUUGCCAGAGGUAUGGACGUGAAACAGUUGAUUAUGCUAAUAUAAUGCGUGGUGCAGUUGAAGCUGGACCUAUAUGGAUUAAAAAUCACGGCUAUUUCUUUAAGCAGCUGGUGAAUGUGAAUUUAUUUUUUGCACAGUUAGGAUUUUGCUGUGUAUAUUUUGUUUUCAUGGCGGAUAAUUUGCAAGAUUUCUUUAACCAAAAUACAAGUAUUUAUUUAUCAAAAGCAAUAUGGAUGUUUCUUUUACUUGUUCCAAUUUUAACAAUUUGUUCGAUACGGCGACUUAGCGAUCUCGCACCAUAUUCUCUCGCUGCAAAUAUUGUUUAUAUAUGUGCAAUUACUAUUGUAUUUUAUUAUUUUUUUACAAAUCUGAAACCGUCGAGCUCAUUUCCUGCAAUUGGUCGUUUAUCUGAUCUUCCUCUCUUCUUUGGAACUGUUAUGUUUGCUUUCGAAGGUGUUUCAGUAAUUAUGCCGAUUGAAAAUCGAAUGAGUGAACCAGAGCUUUUUAUCAAAUGGAAUGGUGUUCUUAAUUUAUCUUGUUUUGUUGUUUUAAUAAUCUUUGCUAUCACCGGUUUCUUUGGUUACAUGGCUGUUGGUGAAUCGGUUGCUGAUACCGUCACACUCAAUUUACCUGAAGCACCUUUUUAUCAAAUAAUCAAAGUGUUGUUCGCGUUAUGUGUUAUGGUCUCGUAUCCGGUUCAGUUCUAUGUGCCAGUAGAACGCGUUGAGAAGUGGAUUACGCGAAAGAUUCCUGUUCAGAGACAAACUGCGGUCAUAUAUUUGGCUCGUUAUGGAUUGGUUUUAAUUACUUGGGCUUUUGCUGAAUUAAUUCCACAUUUGGCACUUUUUAUUUCUCUGAUCGGCGCAUUUUCUGGCAGUAUAAUGGCAUUAAUUAUUCCACCAUUCAUCCAUGCUUUGGUGAACUUUUUUUAUUUUACAAUUAUGUCCAUUCAUUGA